AUGACGGGCAUUCAACAGCAGGGCCGCUGCAAUCGUGCUCCUAUCACAUGUUUGAAGGCGUACAGCAGCUCUAACGACAUGCAAGUGCUCUAUCACAUGUUUGAAGCGUACACAGCUCUAACACAUGCUAACAUUGUUUCAGGUGGCUCUUAUCACAUGUUGAAGCGGUACACAGCUUCUAACACCAUGCUUAACUAUGUUCAGGUGCUCUAUCACAUGUUGAAGGUGCUCUAUCACAUGUUUGAAGGCGUGCGCUAUCACCAUGUUGAAGCGUACCCAGCUCUAACACAUGCUACACAUGUGCUCUAUCACAUGUUUGAAGCGUACGUGGAGAUCGGCCUUACCAACAUCCGUGCCGUCGACAUCAUCGCCGGGAUAUGUUCCUUCGUCGUUGUCGGCCUCGGCGGAACCCUCAUCGGAGUCAUCUUCGGCAUGCUCACGGGUUUCGUGACUCGCUUCACGGACCACGUGCGCGUGAUCGAGCCGAUCUACGUGUUCCUGAUGGGCUACAUGUCUUACCUGACCGCGGAGAUGUUCCACCUGUCCGGCAUACAAUGGGCUACGUUCUGUGGUAUCACCAUGCGGCAGUACGUCGAGGCAAACAUAUCGCAGAAGUCUCACACGACCGUCAAGUACUGGCUAAAGAUGCUCAGCUCGUGCGCGGAGACAAUCAUCUUCAUGUUCCUCGGACUGUCGACAGUCACCGACGACCACCACUGGGACACGGUGUUCGUGUUUGCCACCGUGGGAUUCUGCCUCGUCUAUCGCUUCAUGAGCGUUGCGAUUUUCACGUUUGCCGCCAACAAGAUCCGACUGAACCGACUGAACUGGGUGGAGCAGUUCAUCAUGGCGUAUGGCGGCAUCCGUGGCGGCGUCGCCUUCUGCCUCGUCAUCCUGCUCAACGAACACAUGAUCCCGCGGGCGAUGAAGAACAUGUUCACGACCGCCACCCUCGCAGUCGUGUUCUCGACGAUAUUCGUGCAGGGUAUCCCAUAAGCCGCUGGUAGAGGUUCUAGCACGUCAAGGCCGGGCGGACCAAGCGCAAAGCCUACCAUGAUGAGGAGAUACACAGCCGGUUCAUAGGAUCAUGUGAUGGUGGGCAUUGAAGAUAU